ACAGUCCUCCUCCUCCUCCUCCUCCUCCUUCUCGUGCAGCAGCGGAGCAGCGCCCGGCUCGGCCCCGCCAUGCGGCCCCGCGCGGUGGGGGUGAGGGGGCGGCGGCUGGUGCUGGCGACGCUGCUGUGCUGCGCGCUGCUGCGCCCGGGCCCCGCGGCCGCCCGCCUGCCCAAGCGCCCGGCGCGGCCGCGGCCCCGGCCCUGCGCGGAGCGGCCCGAGGAGGCGCUGGAGCAGCUGUACGGGCGGCUGGCGGCCGGCCUGCUCGGCGCCUUCCAACACACGCUGCAGCUCGAGCCGCGCCGCGCCGCCCGCAGCGCCCGCAACGCCACCUGCCCCGCCGCCGCCGCCGCCGCCCCCCCGCACCGCCUGCCCGUCAACCUGCGCAGCGCCUCGCCCUGGGCCUACAGAAUUUCCUAUGAUCCCACCAGGUACCCCAAGUACAUUCCUGAAGCAUACUGCCUGUGCAAGGGCUGUCUCAUGGGGAUUUACGGCGAAGAGAAUUUUCACUUCCGCAGCACCCCAGUGUACAUGCCAACAGUCAUCCUACGCCGUACUUCAUCCUGUGCUGGGGGUCGCUAUGUGUACACGGAAGAUUACAUCACUAUCCCUGUAGGAUGCACUUGUGUACCUGAACAGGAAAAAGAGGAAGAUGGUGUAAAUUCCAGUAUAGAUAAACAAGAAAUGAAAUUGUUAGUAAACCAGAAGAAGCCAGUGUCAGAAUGAGAGUGUUCAAGGGAUCCUAAAUGCAGUAUUGGCCUCGUGUUGCUCUUUCGUUGGCUCAGGAAAUUUUAGAGCAAUAGGCAAAAAAGAUCUCUAACUAACUAUGACUGGUGCAGUUAUUAGGGGGAGAGCUUUGUCUCAAAAUAUUACUAAGACGACAUGUCAGACGAUGCACAAAUUGAAGAUCUUUUUAAUAUGAAACCAAAUAUUUGUUUCAAAUUUCAGCUUCUUCCAUUGUUUUAGCACCAAAUACAAUUUUAUUCUACCCUUGCUUAUUUCAGAUAAAAUGUUAUAAGGGGAUAUAACAGCAUAGUAGCUACUUUCAGAGGAGGCUACUGAUUUCAGAGACUGUAAACAAAGUCUUCCAUUUUCUACUGUUUGGUAAUUCUGUGCUAGUCACGUAACUGAUAUUCCCAUAGCAACACUAGAAAGGAAAACAAAAAUCAUACUGCCCCUCUUUUAAACAGACCUAAGCUAUGUAUCUUAACUCCAAAUGUUCUUGGCAGCUACAACCUAUACUACUUGCAUGUUACAACAGGGAAAACUGUUUCCAUUUAGUAUUUUUCAACUGUUGAACUGCUGCAGUCAUUCAUACAAUUCUCUAUAGGUGAGACUCUUAUUUCUAAAGUUUUCAAACUGCUAAGUAUGCAAAAUUGCUGAUAGAAACCUUGUCUAGAAUGUUACAGAAGAGUAACAUUGACUGUCAUCUUUCCAGUAGAGAGGAUGCAAAAAAAAAGGCUGAUUCCAGGAUGCAGGACUUCUCUGCUAUACUGCCUUCCCAGUCAAUUUCUUAAUGUUAAUCAUGACAUCUAUGUUCUGUAAAGCUGCAAAGACAAAACCUUUUCAUUUUAUAUAAUGUAAAUCCACCAAGAGAAAUUAAACAAACUGAGUAACUAAUAUAAA